GAGAAUUGAAGAAAACUUAAACAUCACGACAGAGGAGAAAUGGGGGGUGGGGAUAGUAAAAGACAGCUAGCAAUGAAGGAGGAUGCUCACCUACCGUCACAGGCUUCACUCCAAAUCCCUAUCCCUUUUUCUUAGGCCCUCUCUCUCUCUCUCUCUCUCUCUCUCUCUCUCUCAUUUCAAAAAACUCAAAGCAAAACCCCCAGCCCCUCAUUCUCCUGCUCUGUUCUGUUCACAGAGUGACUAGUAGCAGUAUAAUGGAGGUCUAGAGAUGAAGUUUGGUGGGUUUUUCUUUGUGCAUUCCAGCUCCCUUCUUUCAAGGAAAAGUUAAAGCAAAGGAAAAAAUGAUGGGGUCUGCUGAUUUCGCGGAGGAGCUAGACUGCGGCAGCUUCUUCGAUCAAAUUGAUGACUUAAUCGAUUUCCCCGCCGACAAUGGGUGCGGUCUCGGCUCCGGCGCCGACGAUUUUCCCAACAUUUGGUCUAACCCUUCGGGUUGUUUGCCGGGUUCUGACCCGAUUUUCACCGGCAAUAAUGGCAACAGUGCUUCCGACCUAUCUGCUGAGCUCUCUGUUCCGUAUGAAGACAUUGUACAACUCGAAUGGCUUUCAACAUUUGUGGAGGAUUCUUUCUCCAGUGGAGGCAUGACCCUUGACAAACAAAACCCUUCCAUCAACAAGCACUCAUCUCACAGCCAUUUCCAGACUUCCAGUCCCGUCUCUGUUCUCGAGAGCAGCAGCAGCAGCUCCUCCUCCAUGGGGAAACCAGCCACACUCAGCCCAACUCAACGCGGUCCCCACCGUGCUAGAAGCAAGCGGCCACGCCCUGCAACUUUCAAUCCCCGCCCGGCAAUCCAAAUCGUGUCUCCAACUUCCUCUCUCACAGAGAAUCCCCAGUUAUUAGCUCCCCUAGUAGUUUCCUUGGAUUCUCAUAAUUUUCUGGAGUCUCAUUCUAUGAAGAAGUUACCAAAGACAUCCGGGGGAGAACACAAGAAGAAGAAAGUAAAGAUGUUGCUUCCGUCGGCUCCUGCGGCGAUGAAUCAAAAUCCGCCGUCACAAAGUGUCAGGAAAUGCAUGCAUUGCGAGAUAACAAAGACGCCGCAAUGGAGAGCAGGCCCAAUGGGCCCCAAAAGCCUUUGCAACGCGUGUGGGGUCCGGUACAAGUCAGGUCGGCUGUUCCCUGAGUACCGGCCUGCUGCAAGCCCAACGUUCGUACCGUCAUUGCACUCCAAUUCUCACAAGAAGGUCAUUGAAAUGAGAACCAAGACCUUCGAGCCAGAACUCAUUCCAAGCAGAAAACUUUCACUGGAUUACUAGUUGGAGUUCUGCCCUUCACGACCUUGAUUUCCUCAGUAAUCUCAUGUGAUGUCCCUUACAGUUUUUCAUUUGUUCUUUGUACAGAGUGUAAUGGGGGGAUAUGAGUAUUAGAUCGCCUUAUUUUAACUAUAAGUAGAGGAAAGCAAUGAAAUGAGAAGACUCAAGAAGUAGGGAGUAAUGGAUGUUUAGGCUCUAGGUUUGAGGUUUAGUGAGUAUCAAAGUAUCAAUCUUUUAAGAUGAAUAGGCGUUGAAGUCAGUGUCGUAUCUUUCAUCUUUUUUACGGUUACACUUUGUUUCCCAAGUUUUGGGAAGUCUUUUUGCAGUUAAUUUGUGAGCAGGUAGUUCUGAGA